UUAAGAAACACGAGUUUGCGCUAUAUAACCCCAUCAACCAAAAACUACUCAACCCGCAGGGAGUCAGUCUGAGACAUUUACCGGUCAGACUGUAUUUGCCGCAUGCAGCGACGGAGGGUGUGCAGGAAGAGAGGGCGCCCGGGAGCUUGAGGAUUGUGCAAAGACUGAUCACACCGAGUCUGUCGUCUAGUAGGUGCACGUGGUUGCGGUGUGAAGGGCAAGUGAGGCUAACAGGGGAACAGGGCAACCACAGACCAUCGGCACAGCGCUGAAUCACGUGCUACCUGGGUUAUUUCCGAGCAGGCGAAGUCCACUGCUGGCACAAGCAGUCCUCCACGGGGCAGCACUACCGUUGGGGGCGAAUGUGGAGGAUUUGGUACGUGCCGCAGCGUACCUGGACGGGUGGUUGCACAUUGCAGUUGUUAUGAUGGCAUGAUAGAUAAUUGCUUUGUGCCUGGCGUGGGGUUGGAUACGGCCCGAGUCAUGGCGGAUGUGCGCUAUGGCGGUAUUGUUGAUAUCAGCAAUAUUGGUUUUGCAGGCGUCAGGCGUGGGCCCACACGAGUCGCAGUCAAGACGCCAAUGUUUGCCAAGAUGCGGGGGCAAGCAUACUUAGCAGAAGCUUAGUGAGGAUUGCAGGAACACACCAGUCCAGCCAACAUGACACCCACCCAACUGCGUCUGUUUCUGAGCAGCAGUCGGCGCUGCCGGCAUCGGGCACCGGACACCGGGCAUGUCCAGCGCCAGGCGAGGCGAGGCGAGGCGAGGCGUGUGGGAAAUGAGGGAUUAUCGGGGUGGUUGUAUUGUUCUG